UUGUUGCCGGAAGUAAAUCACGCACCGCGAGGGGAAACGCACCGUUUGGGCAUGUGGAGUCUGUUUGGGCUUUCAGUUCGCACAGAAGAUUUGUAAACCAGUCUAAAAGUUCUGCGAUUUGGGGGAAAGAUGGGGAAGAAAGGCAAGAAAGAGAAGAAGGUGAAAGGAGCGGACAAGACUGCCGCUAAAAUGGAGAAAAAGGUUUCAAAGAGGUCCAAAAGAGAAGAGGAGGAUUUGGAGGCUCUUAUCGCCGAGUUUCAGAACCUGGACGCUAAGAAGACCCAGGUCACAGAGACCACCUGUCCUCCUCCAUCAGCGAGGCUGAAUGCGUCUCUGUCGGCGCAUCCUGAGAAAGAUGAGCUCAUCCUGUUUGGAGGAGAAUUUUUCAAUGGAAAAAAGACGUAUCUCUACAACGAUCUGUUUUUCUACAGCAUCAAGAAGAACAACUGGGUUAAAUCUGACAUACCCAACCCUCCUCCCCCACGCUGCUCCCACCAGGCGGUGGUGGUCCCGCAGGGUGGAGGCCAGCUCUGGGUGUUCGGGGGAGAGUUUGCCUCUCCAAACGGGGAGCAGUUCUACCACUACAAGGACCUCUGGGUGCUGCACCUGGCUACACACACCUGGGAGAACAUCAAAGCUCCCGGUGGUCCGUCGGGCCGCAGCGGCCACCGGAUGGUCCUCAGCAAGAGGCAGCUGCUGGUGUUUGGAGGUUUCCAUGAGAGCACGAGGGAUUUCAUCUACUACAACGACGUCUACUCCUUCUCCCUGGACACCUUCUCCUGGUCCCGUCUGGCUCCAUCAGGCUCCGCCCCCACGCCGCGCUCCGCCUGUCAGAUGACCUCCACGCCAGACGGCACCGGCGUCAUCAUCUACGGAGGAUACUCCAAAGUGAGGGUGAAGAAGGACGUGGAGAAGGGGACCAUCCACUCCGACAUGUUUCUCCUGAAGCGAGAGGGUAAAGAUGGCGAAGAGAAGUGGUCCUGGUCCAGACUGAGCCCGUCGGGCAGCAAGCCUCCUCCUCGCUCUGGGUUCUCUCUGGCCGUGGGUCCGGCGGGGCGGGCGGUGCUGUUCGGUGGGGUUUGUGAUGAGGAAGAGGAGGAGAUGCUGGAGGGAGACUUCUACAACGACCUCUACUUGUACGACACGGUGAAGAACCGCUGGUUCCCGGGCGUGCUCAGGGGAAAUAAGUCGGAGAAGAAGAAACGACGAAGGGGGAAGAAGGCUGGUGCAGAGGAAGAGGGAGCAGAGACGACGAAGGAGGAGGAGGAGGAGGAGGCUCGAGGACCAACGGAGGUAGUGAAGGAGGUCGUGACAGAGGACGGCACGGUGAUGACCAUCAAGGAAGUGAUCCCUGGUCCUCAAGAGGAGGGGGAGGAGGAGGAUGAAGAGGAGGAGGAGGAGGAGGAAGAAGAAGAUGAUUCAGCCUCGGCGCUGAUGGCGGAGCCGUGUCCGCGGUCCAACGCCGUGGCGACGGUGCGUCAGGGCAAGCUGUACCUCUACGGCGGGAUGUUCGAGGUGGGCGACCGCCAGUUCACCCUGAGCGACUUCUACUGCCUGGACCUGCACAAGAUGGACCGCUGGGAGGUGCUGGUCGAAAUGGACCCGAAGACGCAGGAGUGGCUGGAAGAGUCUGAGUCAGACGAUGAAGAGGAGGAGGAGGAGGAGGAGGAAGCCAAAGGAGCAGAAGGGGAGGAAGAGGAGUCUGAGGAAGACAGUGAGGAUGAUGAAGGAGAAGAAGAGGAUCACCCGGCGGUGCAGGAGGGAGAGACGGUGACGGACUACCAGAUCCGGACCGAGCAGUACUGGAUAAAAGUUGCACGUGCCAACAUGGGCCCGGAUGCCAAGGACAAAAAAGUGGCCAAGGUCGCCGCUGCCAUGGCGAAAGUCUUCUAUGAAGACCAGUAGAGACUCCCAGAGUUAAUGUGUGUGUGUGUGUGUGUGUGUGUCCACAGAUUACUUUUAUAUUCCCAUGUUAAUGGACGUCAAUCUGGCCUCAGAUGCCGUAAUAAAACUAGAGUUUCUAAACAAAAUGGCAAAACAUGAACGUCGGAACGAUGCAGUGAACCAGUUUUACGCCGCAUAUAUAUCAGAAUAAAACAUUCUCAAUACUUAUAA